AUGUCUUCUGCUGCUGUUCGCACUCGUGCUCCGUCACUGGGCCUGACCCCGAGCAAAAGGCUGCUCAUCAAACAUAGGCACCAUUCUUUAUCCCUACCCCUCAUCUCAGAAGCUUCGGACAACCUGGAGGCAAGAGACCCGCUUGAGGGACUUCGCACAAAGUUCGUUGGAGACAUCAAUCUACCUGAGUCGGAGGAGCCACUCCUCAAGGAGUCGAAGCGUCGUUUCGUUCUGUUCCCCAUCCAUUCAGAUCUGGCAGAUGUACAAGAAGCUGAGGCUUCGUUCUGGGCUGCUGAGGAGAUGGACCUAUCAAAAGAUCUCCAUGACUGGAACAACCGUCCCAACAAGAAUCAGCGACAUUUCAUUUCCCAUGUUCUCGCCUUCUUUGCCGCCUCUGAUGGUAUUGUCAAUGAGAACCUUUCGAGCGCUUUUCUAAUGAGGUUCAGGCUGCUGAGGCUCGAUGCUUCUACGGUUUCUAUCCACUCGGAGACUUACUCACUCCUCAUCGACACCUACAUCAAGGACCCUGCUCAACGAGAAUACCUCUUGACGCCGUCGAAAUAA